UCCGUACGUUCCGUGUGUCCUGCACGUUGACAUUGGGACAGUAACCCGACUCAACAGCUCUCUGCUCACGUUUCUUUCAGGGCAGGAUGGGAGCCUCCUUGUCCACACCUGCUGCUCCUACAGUCAGGGCAGAGGCCAUGAUGGCCGCCCCUCCUCAGGGCUGCCCCAUGCACCAAGAAGCUCAACCUGUCAAAGUGUCUCCACCUUCAGAGUGUCCCAUGCACAAAGCUGCGCCUGUAAAAGCAUCUCCCCCUUCGGAGUGUCCAAUGCACCAAGCAGAACCAGGUCCAGCGCACCAGGACCGGGCCUACGAGUUUGUGGAGUGUCCCAUGAAAGCUGCACAAGGCACAAAGAGCGACAUCGACCCAGCAAAUAUGAUGCCGCCUCCUAACCAAAAGCCAGCUCCAGAUCAGCCCUUCCCACUCUCCGUCAGCAGAGAGGAGUCCACCAUUCCCCGACACAACACAGAGAAGAAAUGGGUGUACCCGUCUGAGCAGAUGUUCUGGAACGCCAUGCUGCGGAAAGGGUGGCGCUGGCGCGAAGAUGACCUUGGUUCUCAAGACAUGACCAACAUCAUUAAAAUCCACAACCAGAACAACGAGCAGGCCUGGCAGGAGAUCCUGAAAUGGGAGGCUCUGCAUGCAGAUGAAUGUCCAUGUGGGCCGAGCUUGAAGAGAUUUGGUGGUAAAGCCAAAGAGUUCUCGCCCAGAGCUCGCUUCCGUCACUGGAUGGGCUACGAGCUGCCCUUUGACCGCCAUGACUGGAUCAUAGACCGCUGCGGGAAGGAGGUGCGCUAUGUCAUUGACUACUAUGACGGUGAAAUCAACACAGAGAACUACCAGUUCUCCAUCCUGGAUGUUCGCCCCGCCUUUGACUCUUUAGACGCCGUCUGGGACCGUAUGAAGGUGGCCUGGUGGCGCUGGACCUCUUAAAGGACUGGCACACACGUAGAUCACUUUGUGAAUCCAAACAUGGACUAUGAAACUGGCGUUCCUCAUUUUCAGCUCUUGACAAGAUGUGCGGUGCUAUGAAAAGAAACCUAAACAUGACUCAUGAAGAAUACGAAACAGACUUAGACCACGUUUGUUUUAGUAAAACCUCACUCACUUAGUCUGUAUGGAGCUUCAUCUGCUAAUCACAUUGAUUUCAGUGGAAAUUCUACUUUUUGGGUUUGCAGGUCAGCAAGUGCAUCUGAGCUAGUGGAAGUGUUUGUGUGUUUGUCACACGAGGUCACAUGGUGGCUCACUGCCUCAGGUUAUCUGUUCAGCUGCCUUCACUCUGCUCUCACUUCAGAUCACACUGGAGGAAUGUCUCUUGCAGACCCACUUUGCAUUUCUGGAAAAUCAGUCCCUACCUGCUGGAGUACCAGGUUUCAGGUUGAAAGUACUGAUUUGGAAGUGUUCAGCUAUCUGAACGGAGGCUUUGUGAUAAAUGUAUGUGUAAACUGUUGUUGUUUCCGAUUAGCAUCAUCUCACAUGGCAGCUUUGAAUCAAUGGAUCAUUCUCUGGAAGUAAUUAUUUGCCACAAUUAAAAAAAAUCCACAAAAGUGCAGUGCCACUUGUGAUCACAUCAUUGGUAAUAAUAGAAAUAGCUUCUAAAAUGUUGAUUAUUAUAUGGAAUUCAAAUUUAAUCUGAGGUCUUUUGGAGUGUUGCUUUAUGUUAUAGUUGAGGAAGAGGCAGAAAACACGUUCAGUGCGUUUCCAUGCACAGUAAGGUGGAGCUACAGUUUUAGCUCGAUUAGGCCAUUAAUUUGGACUGCUGUACAGGGAGAAUCCCUUUACUGACAGAAGCAUGUCUGACACCAAGUAGGUGGAGAUAUGCCCCCUUUCAGGUAGCUGCUAUUUGACCUUCUUCAGGUUGACCUAUUAUGUCUCAUACAAAACAAGUUAGCAAGCACCACAUAUACAUUAAUGUGUGGGAAACGCAGCAUACAAUAGUGCUUUUGCAAGAGUGUUCCUAAAAUGCUCCUUGUAGCUGACCUUUAACGUUGCACAGGCAGUCUGAAGCUCGAUCAGAGUGCUGCUUUUGACUCUGGUGGCAGUUUGAGCUGAGCACACCGUGAUGUGACCUGCUGACAGUUCAGUGUAUCUGCUGUGAUUGUUAUGAAACUUCCUCUUCAGAUCCAUGCAGUCAUAUUUUCAGGAGCACAGUUAUGAGUUUUUGUUUUGUCAGAAUAAUCUGUAGUGGUGAGAUGGGUUUGACAGAUUACCAAGAUGACUGUGCAGUGGUUUAUGGGUGUUGGUCUAGUUUGACCCAAAGGAUAUAUAUAUAGGUAUAUUUUUUUAAAAGGACUUGGAUGGAAUUUAGCCUUGCUAUGAAACCCUGUAACUCUGUUAGCCCAUCCCUUUCUUGUUGCGGUUAGUUUGCCCUGACUUCCUUAGUUGGUCACAUGACAGUAGCUUGUUUAGAAGUAAAAUUUAAAGCUGACUGUCCAUUUCACAUGCUGUAUCAUCAUAUUCCUGCAGCAUACUUCAUAUACUAUAUUACUUUCCUGUCUUAUAAUGGGGGUAAAAGUUCUGAAGUAACUUAAAAAUCAUUUUUAUUUACCAAAUGUACUUGGGUCUAAAUCUGGUUUUGCUCUCGAAGUAUCAUCUGUAAUCUCUCCAGAACUGUCUGAAUCCUGUGUUUCAGCUUUGCUCUCUUGUUUUUUGUUGCGCUGAUAUUCAGAUUUGUAUUUAUUGGUUGAUGAAUGAGUGUAGGCUUCUGUGUGCAUAAUCUUGAUGCUGUUGUCCCAGUUAAAAAGUUCUGGUAUGUAAAAAAUAAUUUUACUAGCUCUGGUGGUCAGCUAAACUAUCAAUAAAGCUGGUUGUCUUAACCCUCUGAA